GGUUCGGUGGUAAGCAUAGAAUGAAGAAGGGACGACGCAGGCAGUUGCAUAUAGAUCGUCGUGUGUGUAAAACCGAAACUCGCUGUGCUAUUACGAUGUCGGAAAAUAACGGCGCUGCAACAUCAGAAGUGGGAUCUGGCUCGCUACCUAAUGAUUCAGAUGGACCAUGGCGAAUUUUGAUGGAAAUGCAAAAUAAAAGCUUGAUCGAGCUUAUUAAAGCUGUACAAUCGGCGGCACCUGAAACAACAAACAAAAAAACAAUUGUGCUUCCAAAAUUCAACGCAGACCUUGAUGGCGCCGACGCGUCGGCCUGGUGUUCAACCGUAAACAUAAUUUUGGCAGAAAAUACUAUAAAAGGCAGCGAGUUGGUAAUGGCUUUGAGUGCAUCGUUGGAAGGUAGUGCGUCGCAGUGGCUUCCGCAAAUAUGUUAUCCAGAGAUAAUUUGGGAUGAAUUUAAAGAACUUUUCAUGCAGCGUUUUGACAUUGUAGAAACGCCAGCGGCCAUGUUUUUGUCAAUGCUAGCUAAUUGUCCGACCGAUGGCGAAUGUCUCUCCAAUUAUGCUAGUCGUAUGGUGACGUCACUUAUCACGAAAUGGCGUGACAUGAAAGUAGAGGAAAUUGCAGUUUCUGUGACGCUUGCGAAGAUGGCUCAUGUUGAUAACAGAUUGCAGCGUUUAACCUUUACUUCAAAUAUGCGCACCAGAAGUGAAUUGCAAACCGAGCUUAAAGCAUUCGCGUUCAACAAGAGGAAGAAAAAUCUACAAGAAGAAAUAUCGUCACCUGACAGAAAGCGUUCGAAACUUUCAACAAUAAAAUGUCAUUUUGGUGGAAAAUUAGGCCACAAGAUGAUGGAAUGUCGAGCUAAGCAGCAGCAAAAUCCGUCUUCUCAUGCUACAAACAGUAGCGGCAGGAGUGUAUCUGGCCACCAUCAAAAAGCGAAUGUAACCUGCUUUAAGUGUGGUGAACUUGGUCAUAUUUCAACACAUUGCAGUAAGCCUAAAGUGGACAAGAUCAAGGAUACACAUCAGAUGAAAAGAGUGGAGCUUUGCGAAGUUGUUGAGCCCAAAGGAGAGAUGGUUCAUCGAGGUGAGACGUUUAUAACAACGUUCGACUCUGGAGCGGAAUGUUCAUUAAUAAAACAAAAGAUAAGUCACAAAUUAGUUGGUAAAAGAAUUAACAAUGUAGAGAUGCUGAAGGGUAUUGGUAGUGGCGGCUGGAUUUAAUGUUAUAAUAUCAUCGGGAAAAUUCGAAAUAAUUAGAUCAAAAACUGUAAACUAUUGUUCAAAUGAUGAGAAAUUUUGUGAAUUAAAUACUGAUCUUGUUGGGGAAGAUAAAGAUAAAUUACAAGAUUUGUUGGAAAAAUAUUCAAAAUCUUUUAUUAAUGGAAUUCCUUCGACUAGAGUUAGUUCGGGUGAAAUGAAAAUUAAAUUAAUAGACCCAAGAAAAAUUGUUCAAAGAAGACCAUAUCGGCUCAGCCCAAAUGAAAGAGAAUUGGUACGAGACAAGAUUAAUGAAUUAUUACAAUGUAAAAUUAUACAGCCAAGUUGCUCACCAUACGCAAGUCCCAUAAUGUUGGUUAACAAAAAAGACGGCACUCAUCGUUUGUGUGUUGAUUACCGUGAAUUAAAUUCUAAUACAGUUGCAGAUAGAUAUCUCUUGCCCCUCAUAUCGGACCAGAUAGCCAGACUUUAUGGAGCGAAAUAUUUUACAUGUUUAGACAUGGCAAGCGGGUAUUACCAAAUUCCCAUGCACAAAGAAUCGGUAGAGUGUACAGCAUUUGUCACUCCAGACGGGCAAUAUGAAUUUUUGGCAAUGCCCUUUGGUCUCAGAAACGCACCUUCAGUAUUUCAACGCACAGUCAUGCAAGCACUUGGAGACCUUGCAAAUACGUUUGUUGUCGUUUAUAUGGAUGACGUAAUGGUGGCUGCUGCAACAAAAAGUGAGGCUUUGGAAAGGUUGCAAAUUACUCUUGAUUGUCUUACGAAUGCUGGAUUCUCAUUCAAUAUAAAAAAAUGUUCUUUCCUUAAGUCGACAGUUCAAUAUCUAGGAUAUGAAGUGAGUGCAGUCAGUUUCUGCUUUACGCCAAUUUAUUGGAUUAGCGUCUUAUUUCAGGCAAUUCAUGCAAGGAUUUUCCUGUUUUAUGAAACCGUUGUACCUUUUGACUUCGGAGAAGAAUGAUUUUGUUUAGAGAUCGGAACAUGAAGAAAUUAGACAGAAAGUUAUUUCUAUUCUUACACAAAAGCCAGUUUUAGUAAUUUUUGAUCCUCACCAUCCUAUUGAGUUGCAUACCGAUGCAAGUUCUAGGGGAUACGGUGCCAUCUUGUUACAAAUUAAAAUCAACAAUAAGUCUCAUGUCAUUGAAUAUUUCAGUAAGGCUGCUUCUCCUGCUGAAUCACGGUAUCAUUCCUAUGAAUUAGAAACUCUUGCUGUUGUUUUAUCUAUAAAACAUUUUCGCCAUUAUUUAUUGGGUAGAAAUUUUGUUGUCUUCACUGAUUGUAACUCACUUAAAGCAUCAAGAACUAAACAGGAUCUGUGUCCCAGAGUGCAAAGAUGGUGGGCGUACUUACAGUCCUUUACAUUUGACAUACAAUAUAAAGAAGGUAAACGAAUGUCUCAUGUUGACUUCUUUUCAAGAAAUCUGCCUUCAGCAGAGUUGACUUGCAAAAUUCCGGAAAAACGAGUUAAUUUGGCAGAAAUAUCGGACAAUUGGCUUUUGGCCGAACAGCGUCAAGAUUCUGAAAUUGUUGAUAUUGUAAAUAAAUUGAAAGAAAAUUCUCUUGCUGAGGACAUUGCUAAAACUUAUGAGCUGAGAGCAGGAAUAUUAUAUCGAAAAAUUCAGCGAAAUGGUAGAACUCGAUCUUUAUCAAUUGUUCCUCGAUCAUUUAGAUGGUCCGUAAUAAAUCAGAUCCAUGAGUCCAUCAUGCAUUUGGGAUGGGAGAAGACCUUAGAUAAGGCCUAUGACUAUUACUGGUUCGAUAACAUGUCCAAGUACAUUCGGAAGUUCGUUGAGAACUGUAUUACGUGUAAAAUGUCAAAGUCUUCUUCGGGUAAAGUUCAAGUAAGUCUUCAUCCAAUACCAAAAGUAAAUACACCUUGGCACACCAUUCACAUCGACAUAACUGGGAAGUUGAGUGGCAAGUCUGAUCAAAAAGAGUAUAUCAUUGUUCAGGUGGAUGCUUUUACUAAAUUUGUUUAUUUAACCCACACGCUUAAAAUUGAUGCUGAAAAUUGCAUAAAUGCCGUCACGUCAGCUAUUUCUCUGUUUGGAGUACCAAACCGCAUGAUCAAGGCAGAUGUUUUGCCAGCACAAGAUUUAGUGAGUUUUGUUCACAACAAAAAAUUAAAUUGCAUUUGAUUGCGACAGGUGCGAGUAGAGCGAAUGGACAAGUCGAACGCAUUAUGAGCACUUUAAAGAACUUAUUAAUUGCCGUUGAAACUAGCAAUCGAUCUUGGCAAGAUGCCUUAGGAGAAGUUCAAUUAGCUUUGAACUGUACGGUUAGUCGAGUGACAAAGGCAAGCCCUUUAGAAUUGCUUAUCGGUAAAGUUGCCCGCCCGUUGGGAUUGCUUCCUCCCUGCGAUAUGCUGGAAGAGGUCGACUUGGCAGAAGUGAGAGCACGAGCAGGUCAAAAUAUUUUAACUGCAGCAGCAUAUAACAAGGAGCAAUUUGAUAAAAACAAGACUAAAGUUGUUGGAUGCAAGGUUGGAGAUUUCGUAUUGUUAAAAAAUGAAGAGAGGCAUCAAACAAAGUUGAGUCCAAAAUUUAGGGGGCCUUUUCAAAUAACUGAAUUGUUAGAGGGGGAUAGAUAUAUGGUCAGGUCUUUGACAAAUAAUAGAAAAUAUAAAUAUGCUCAUGAUGACAUAAGAAAAAUGCCGGAUGGACAAAUACCAGUUGAAUUUGAAAGUUGUAAUAAGGAUUUAAGUAAUGAGAAAGAAACUGUUGAAAGAGACAGUAAUGAAAAAGAAACUGUUGAAAGAGACAGUAGUGAAAAAGAAACUGUUGAAAGAGACAGUAGUGAAAAAGAAACUGUUGAAAGAGACAGUAGUAAAAAAGAAACUGUUGAAAGAGACAGUAAGGAAAAAGACACUGUUGAAAGAGACAGUAAUGAAAUCAUGUAAAGAGAAACUGUUGCAAGAGACA